AUGGCGUCAAUCGACACUAGUAGACUCUAUGUCUUGAAAAAUAGCUACACAGCUUCAAAUAAAGUACUUGCAUUGUCCUCAGGCGGCGCUUCCCUCUCCAUGGUUGACACACAGAAUGUCAGCGCCAAUGCCCUCUGGUUCCUUACCCCAACAAACAGGAGCAACUACUAUCGCCUACACACAAUUGCCAAUGGCGUGAAGCAAUCUCUCGAUGUCAUCAACGAUGGAGUGCAAAACAUCAAUCUCCAUAUGGCCGACACGGGCAACUACUCGGGCCAGUAUUGGAGAUUCGACAACUGGUCCCCCGGUGGUCAGGCUUAUCCAUACCGCUUGAGCAAUACCUUUACGGGACCCGAUAAGCACCUGGAUGUUUACUCGGAUACACUCGUUGCCCAUCUAGCUGGCGGCAAUCUUAGCGGGCAGCAUUGGGAACUAAGCCCGGCGAGCACUGUUGUCACACCUACAGAUGUGUCUACUUAUGAUUAA